GCGUGCUGUUGAGCCACGGCAACCUCGCCGCGCAGGUGCACGCGCUGCAGCACGCGUGGCGCGUGGGGCCGAGCGACAACGUGCUGCACACCCUGCCGCUGCACCACAUGCACGGCAUCAUGAACGCCCUGCUGUGCCCGCUCGCCGCGGGAGGCAGGGUGACCAUGCUGCCCAAGUUCUCGGCCAGCCAGGUGUGGCGCGAGAUGCUGUCCGACGCGGAGGACCGCGUCAACGUCUUCAUGGCCGUGCCCACCAGCUACGCCAAACUGCUCGAGGAGUACGGCGCCUCGGUGGGCAGCACGCCCCAGCAGCGCGACCAAGUCAGGGACACGACGCGCCGCAAGAUGAGGUUGAUGGCGAGCGGCUCGGCGCCGCUGCCCGUGCCGGUGUUCCAGCAGUGGGAGGACGCAACGGGGCACCGCCUGCUGGAGCGCUUCGGCAUGAGUGAGGUGGGCAUGGUGCUCUCCAACCCACUGGAGCCGCAGUCAGGCCGCAAACCAGGGUUCGUCGGCACGCCGCUGCCCGCCGCCAGGGUGCGCAUCGUACGCCCCGCGAUGGACGGACAGCGAGAGGAGGUGCUGUGUGAGGGCGACGACCAAGGCACGGUCCUGCGAGUCAAGGACGGCAAGCCGACGGUGGGCCACCUGCUGGUCAAAGGCCCCAACGUGUGCGCGGGCUACUGGCGGAAGCCCGACGCCACUGCCAAGGAGUUCACGGCGGACGGCUGGUUCAAGACAGGAGACACGUGCGAAUUCGUUGACGGUUCGUACAAGAUCCUGGGCCGCACCUCGGUGGACAUCAUCAAGACGGGGGGCUACAAGGUGAGCGCGGUGCAGGUGGAGACAUGCCUGCUGGGGCACCCCGACAUCGCGGACUGCGCUGUGGUGGGCCUUGCCGACGGCACCUGGGGUCAGAAGAUUGCCGCCGUUGUGCGUCUCCAGGACGGCGCGACACUCAGCCUGGAGAAGCUUCGCGACUGGGCGCGCGAAAAGCUGCCGCCGUACUCGUUGCCCAAGGUGUUGCGCGUGAUGAAGGAGGUGCCGCGCAACCCGAUGGGCAAGGUCAACAAGAAAACCCUCGUGGCCGAAGUGUUCCCCGAUUCGUCGUGAGAACGAAAAGCGACGCAAUGUUUCUCCAUUCAACACGAAAAAUAAAGAGCAGUCUGAACAAAUGUG